UAGUCCAAUGUUUUUGUCUUCAUUUUUCUGGGCAGAAAGCCAAAAUACUGGACUGUCUGGCUCAACGUAGGACAUCUACCCUGUCCACUGACUAGGAACUUCAGAGCCAUGGCAACACAGGUGUCAGGAGAUGCCGAAGGGGAGCCGGCCGGCUCAACAGCCAAUCGGAGCAAGCAAGUGCCUGAAACACCAAACUAUGCUCUCAGAUUUACUCUUGUGGGACAUAGGGAAGCCGUCUCAUCGGUUAAGUUUAGUCCUAAUGGAGAAUGGCUAGCAAGUUCUUCUGCUGAUAAACUAAUUAAAAUUUGGAGAGUCUGUGAUGGAAAAUAUGAGAAAACACUAUAUGGUCACAGUCUGGAAAUAUCAGACGUUGCGUGGUCAUCAGAUUCCAGUCGUCUAGUUUCUGCCUCAGAUGAUAAAACUCUAAAGAUAUGGGAUGUGAGCUCUGGAAAAUGUUUGAAAACACUAAAGGGUCACAGCAAUUAUGUCUUUUGCUGUAAUUUCAACCCACCAUCCAACCUCAUUGUUUCAGGAUCUUUUGAUGAGAGUGUGAAAAUAUGGGAGGUGAAAUCAGGAAAGUGCCUCAAGACUUUGUCUGCUCAUUCUGACCCAGUUUCUGCUGUUCAUUUUAAUAGUGGUGGGUACUUGAUAGUGUCAGGUAGCUACGAUGGUCUCUGUAGAAUCUGGGACGCUGCUUCAGGUCAGUGUUUAAAAACACUUGUUGAUGAUAAUAACCCUCCUGUUUCUUUUGUACAAUUUUCUCCAAAUGGUAAAUAUAUUCUCACUGCAACGUUGGACAAUACUAUUAAACUAUGGGAUUAUAGCAGAGGCAGAUGCCUGAAGACAUACACUGGUCAUAAGAAUGAGAAAUACUGCAUAUUUGCCAAUUUUUCAGUUACUGGUGGAAAGUGGAUUGUGUCUGGUUCAGAGGAUAACCUGGUUUACAUUUGGAACCUCCAGACUAAAGAGAUUGUACAGAAAUUGCAAGGUCAUACUGAUGUGGUGAUCUCAGCAACUUGCCAUCCUUCUGCAAACAUCAUUGCAUCAGCAGCAUUAGGAAAUGACAGAACAAUUAAACUAUGGAUGAGUAACUGCUAAACCCUUUUGAUAUCAUGUAGUAGAGGCAAGUUGGUCAAGAACUUGAAUAUUUUUUAAAAAAAGAUGGUUUCUCUGAAUUUUGGCAUGGUUUUGUAUUUCUUUUAAAAAUUGUCUUUCAUUAUAACGUUUUAAGAGACUUACCACCUAAAUUUACAAAGCAAGGCAGUUGCAAAAGUAAG